AUGCCACGUACGGUACUGAUCACGGGUUGCUCUGAUGGCGGGAUGGGGGCACACCUUGCCCACGAAUUUCAUAAAAGAGGCGAUCGAGUGUUUGCAACGGCACGAAAUCCUUCCAAAAUGGAAUCCUUGAAAGCCCUAGGUAUCGAGGCUAUCACUCUCGAUGUGGUAUCUGAAGAGUCUAUACAAACCUGCUUUAGCCAAGUCUCAUCAUUGACAGAUGGGUCGCUCGACAUACUGGUCAACAACGCCGGCCAAGGUUACUGUAUGCCCCUUACAGACGUUUCAAUCGCAGAGGCUAAAAAGGUGUUCGACCUCAACUUCUGGUCAAUCUUGCGCACGACGCAAGUUUUUCUCCCUCUGCUUCUGAAAGCGGCCCGCAGCCAGGGAAGGGCUCUGCUUGUUAAUCAGACAUCCGUGAGCAGUGUCCUCGGCAGUCCCUUCUUUGGGGUAUACAACACUUCGAAAGCCGCUGCUGCCAUGCUCAUCCAAAAUCUCAGACUGGAGUUGGACCCGUUUGGCAUUCAAGUUAUUGACUUGAAAACAGGCGGAGUUAGAACAAACAUUCACGACAAUGAUUCCGAAUGCCAUUUGCCACCCGACUCACUUUUCAUGGCUGUGCAAGACGAAAUUGGAAAGCUUUCCAAAGGCGACAUAGGGAUGGACAGCCAGGAUGCACGAGUGUGGGCCAAGAAUGUAGUGGGCGAUCUGGACAAGAACAACCCACCUCACAUCAUCUGGCGAGGCAAAUCUGCUUCCCAGAUCAAGAUGGCCUCGAAACUUCCUGUUGGCAUGUUAGAUUCUACGCUCAAGAAAGUCGCUAAAUUGGAUGUUCUGGAACAGAAGCUGAAACACUAGCGAGGGCUUCAUCGUGUCUGUGGACUCGAAUGAUGCCACUAGACUGAGGGGCCAGGGUAUAGGCAGUAAAGCUCGUGCCAAA